GAUUCCCUCGGGAUCUUGUGUGUGUGUGUUUGUGUAUUUUAGGAUAAAAUAGAAUCCUAUCGAUAAGCGAACCGGUCGCUGCUGUCGGGCCAGCCGGUUUCAGCAAAGUCCCUCGUCGGUCGUCAUUGUGAUCCGUCGACGAACCACCGAAGCAUCCGAAAUGGUCCCGUUCGAGCAAUUUCAGAUUGACGACCCGAGCGAAACUUUUUGGGACGACCCGACAAUGUACGUGGACGACCCCGGACUGGACACUCUGCUGGCCCUGACUACCGACCAACUGUUGAUGUGCGGUGACCACUGUCAAGACGAUGUGUAUGGCGGCGAGAAACCACAACAACUGCACUGCCGUAUCAUGGACACACCGACCAAGACGGAUUCGGUUAAGACCGACAGCAAACUACCACUGACGUGCCUGUACCCGAAUUGCGAUAAAUCGUACGCCAAACCUUCACAUCUCAAGGUACACAUGAGGAGGCACAGCGGCGAGAAACCCUAUCACUGCAUGUGGCCUGGAUGCGCCUGGAAGUUCUCCAGGUCCGACGAACUGUCCAGGCACUGUCGUUCGCAUUCAGGCAUCAAACCGUACGGCUGCAAAACGUGCGACAAACGGUUUUCCAGGUCCGACCACUUGGCCAAACAUUCAAAAGUGCACCGCAAGAGGACGGCCGCUGUCAACGUCAGGCGACGACAGGGUGCCGGCUCGGCGGCGCCGCAGUGGUGCCAACCGACCAGGAGUGCCAACAACAACAACAACGUUACUUUCAGCGCCAAAAACUACGCUUAAAAAAACUGUCUGUACAACUUAACUGAAUCUAUUGAAAUUAAAAGAGUUGCAUACUUC